GUCAGAUUUUCGCUCGUAUGACGAAUUCGUGUAUAGGUUGUAGACUGUAAAAGUAGUCAUGAAGCUUCCAGAAGAAAGUUUUAAAUUUAAUUGUGGAUUUGAUAUUUGUACAUUUCCAAUUCAGUACUGUGAUACAGAGGAUAAAAGAUGUGGUUCUUGUUCACAGGAUAUUUGUAGUUCUGAUUCAAUACCGACACAGUGUAGAGCAGAAUGCAAUAGAAUGUUCUCGACGACUUCAACUAGUCCCGGGGACGUUCAACGUGAUCCACAAAUGAACAACUACAGCUCAUAUUCUGGAACAUCUGUUGAAGGUGCCUAUACCAUAGCAACCAUUGCUUUACUAUUGGUUAUAUGUUUGUAUGUGAAAAAAGGAUGGAAACUAUACCAAAAAAAAGGAAAAAGAAACAAACGUUAUACGUCAUUAGAGAUUGUGAAAAUCGAAAAACGUAUAGAACCCGUAAAUGCAGUUGAUACGGACCAAAGUGAACCUGGAAAUCAGACAACUUCGACAACCCCAGAAAUUCCUAAAGCAACCGAACAAGCAACAGCACCGCCUCAAGAGAAUAUACAUGAGUCAUCAUCACCGUCUUAUACAGAUUCCACAAUAGUAGCACAUCCAGAUGAUGACAACAAGUCUCCUUCACACAACUUUGGUGACCAUAAUAUAUUAGCUUCAAGCAUUCCAUUGGAUGAAUCACUACAUAGUCCUCCCACAAUUGGACCCAGUGAGCCAGGUUAAGAACGAGAAAAAAUGUGAACAAUUAGACUAUAAUAUUUUAGACAGUAGCGAACAUUUUUCCAAAGGUAUUCAAGAUAUAACAAAACAUUCUGCUAAUGUUUCAGACAAUGUUAACACUUGUACAGGUUUAUUAGGAUUUGACACCAUUAAGGCAGAAAAUACAAUAGCUAAAGAACAAACAGCAAGAGAAGAUAAAGUCUGCUAAAAAUUCUGUAAAUAUAUAACUAGUAUACUAUUAGGUAGAAAUAUGAGAUUAGAUGUCAUACUGUAUUUGGCAUAAAUAUAUUUUUGUUAAAUCUGAAAUCUAUUUUCCCCGAGGUUCCUUUUCACAGCAACAUUAGUUAGGGACCCGAAGUGGCAUUUUAUAUGGCAAAUACAUAUUUUGUAUUUUUUUCUGGUUGUUUGUAUGUUCGUUGUCAUCUCAUCAUUGCAUUACCUGUGAUCAAGAAAAAACUAUAUUCAUUUUAUAUAUACAUAUAUUUAUUUAUUCUACAUUCAUAAUACUGUGUACGUACAUGUAGUGUUAUUUUUAUGAUACUGUAUAAGUAUGUGUCAUUUAUGUGAUAUUGUAUAAGUAUGUGUUAUUUAUAUAAUACUGUGUAAGUAUGUGUUAUUUAUAUGAUAAUGUGUAAGUAUGUGUUAUCUAUAUGAUACUGUGAGAGUAUGCGUUAUUUAUAUAAUACUGUGUAAGUAAGUGUUAUAUGCGUGUACCUAUGUGUUAUUCAUAUAAUACUGUAUAAGUGUGUUAUUUAUAUGAUACUGUGUAAGUGUGUGUUAUUCAUAUAAAACUGGUAAGAACGCAUUUUUUAUAUAUGGCAGGGCAAGUAUGAUUGCUUAAGAAACUUAAAAGUGUAUGCAAUGCACUAGGUUAAAAUUUGAAAUUGUUUUAAUUGUUACAUUAAUUGUUACGUGUGAUUCAAAUAAAUACGCACAUUAAACUAAA